GCCAGCCGCCCGCGCGCCCGUCCGCCGCCGUCGCCGCGCGCCUCUACCGCGCGACUUUCAAAUCCACCGAACAUUCAAUUUCAAAUAUCGAACUCCGUGUUUUCUUUUAUGUCAACAGUGAAUUUUCAGUGUUUUGUGCCAGCAAUAUCAGUGACGUUUGGCGCUUGCUAAUAGCUCCGUUCAGGAACCGACUUUCACUUCGCCAGAGUUUUUUGCAAGCGUCUGGGCCCGUUUGACGCGGCGACGGGUGGGGAGAUGGUGUCACGACGUCGAAUCUUAUCGCGCUCCCGCGACGACCUUACACAGGCUUUCGCUACCCAAGUAGAGGAAGAGGAAGAUGUGUGGUAUCAAAAGGACAAACUGUAUAAGGAACACAUACAAGAAGUACUAGACAAAUGGACACAGAUCGACGACGAAAUCUGGGCGAAGGUGAUUGUCUUUGAGAAGAAUCGACGCGUGGCGAAGGCAUAUGCGCGUGCGCCGGUACUCACUAUAAAUGGAUCUGACGACGGCUUUGAUGGCAUGAGAAUCGGCCUUUGCGGAUUUGAUAACCCACUCAGAGACCCGAAGACAGAAGAAGUUAAGAAACACGUUGGACAGGGCGUGAAAAUAAAAAUGGAUGACGCCGGUAACAUACUCAUCAGACGCUACUCCAAGAGUAGUGUGUUUGUGAAGAGUACAGCCGCCACAAACAACGAGGAGACGGCGAUAGGCCAGGAUAUACUCAAGCUGCCUGGAUACUCAUUGGAACAGGAGAAAAUAUUUAAGCUGUUCGACAUGAAGAAGUUCCAGUCGAAUGUGAAUCGCGAGCUUCGGCGCUCGUACCCGGACCGGCGGCGGCUGGAGACGCAGUGCCUCAGCGCGGUCGCCUUCGUUAAGUCGGACGCGGAUCUGCUCGAGUGCCCCAUCUGGGUGCUUGUCAUCAACGUCGUCGCUAUGGAUAUGCUCAAAUCUAAACUGCCACCAGUACAAAGACCACUGGACAUCAAGAACAGACCUCGCAUACCGAUCCCUGACGAAGACCCCUACAGCAUUGCCAGUUCUAACGCCAAUGGCUCAGGAUCUAGCGGCAGUUCCGGCGGAUAUGGACUGGGUAACGGACACGGCAACGGCCAUGGCGUGGUGGCGGCCACACGGGAGCAACUUAUGAUGCAGAUGGGACAGAAGAGAGGAGACAAACCGCCCAAGCUUCCUCCGCGAGAGAACGGCUACGGACCUGCUGAUAUACCCAAGCCGGAUUACGAUGACAUCGAAGUGAACGGACGCGUCCCGUCGCAGUUCCCGAGAGGUAAAUCGGAUAAAGGAAAAGACAACAAGAAAUACGAUGACCCGUACUACUGUGGGCUGCGCGCUCGCGUGCCCAACUUUGUGAAGGCGAAUGGAAAGCACGUUCUACCGACGAUGACGGAGCGGCUGACGCUAAAGGAGGCGCCGGUGCCCAGCAAGCGGUACAGCGUGGCGCACGCGCACCCCGGGCCCUUCCUACCGCACAUGCCGCCCUUCGCGCAUGCGCCCAUGCCGCCCGCAGCCCUUUGGCACGCCCGCUCCUACGAGAGCGGAAUCGAUGGCGAGCACUACGACCCUUACGCAUUGUACGGCCGGUUGCCUAUGCCUGGCCGCGGCUUCCCGCCCCCGCCCGCGCCCCAUGCCCGCCAAAUGUUCAUCGGAGAAUGGGACUAGAUCAUACGGCACCUAUUAGAAACUAACUCGAUUGUAUAUCGUUGCAUCGAUGUUGUGGAAAUUUGAAAUCGAUUUUUUCUCAAUCAUAAAAAACAUGGUAUGCACUAGCUACAGUACGUCCUCUGUAUCUUUGAGACACCAGACUAUAAGUGUAGCCAUUAUAAUACGUUUAUUCUCGAUUUGUUUACAUUUCAAUAAUAUCGAUGUGACUGUAUAGUUAUUGGAUAAUUUGUAAAUAUUUGUGCUUUUUGUAAAUUAUGAAAUAUCUGAAGACGGUCCAUUCUGAUUCUGAUUAUUCGAUGAAUGGUUCAAUGAAUUUUAAAUCCUGGCAAUAUUAAUUAGCAAUUAUGUUAUUUUGUAAAGUUGCAUAGAUUAUUUACGUAUACAGCUAUCAUAUAAGCGUGUAUAUGAAUUUCUACAAAAUAUUUUUUCUACCAUUUUUAUGAGUAUCCGUUUAAUUUAAGUAUGAUGCUUAGUAUAAUCGUAGUUAAUUAUCACUGCCAAUAAUUAUGUAAAUGUCAGUGGAUGAUAUUAUUUUAAAAAUUUGUUUUACUUCAAUUAUAAUCGAGUUUUACUGCAAAAUUUUCUGUUUCGUUUUUUACAUAUUUUUAAGUUAGGUAUCAAUCCUAGUCAAUACAGGGUUGGGAUGUAAGCAAUUCUUAAAAAUAUCUUUUUCUUUUUUGUUUUCUUAUUUAUAUCAGCAAAACCGCUGAUUCGUUUGAUGUAGUUUUGUACUGGACAUAGUAUGGAUUAUUAGAAUAUAGAAAAUAAUAUUUUAGACAUAAUAUUUGUAUCUUUUAUUAUAAAAA